AUGGCGAACGCGCAACUCUCCCAGAAGCUGGGCCAGGCCCUUGCACAGCAGUUUGAGAAGUUUGCGAACGUAGUUGUGGGUGCCACCCCCGAUGCCAGCGAGACGGCAUUCGUCGACAUCCUGCGGUGGAGGAUCGGCCAGCUCACCAACUCGCCGGGGGGCAGGACGGACGCCCUGGUCUCCAAGCGCAGGAUGUGGACGGAGAUCAUGUUUCUGGACGCCGCUAUCCAGAUCGCGGGGGAUAGGGGAGUGCUGGCCGAGGGGCAGGCCAAGGAGAUCGAGAUUCUGGCCUUCGACUGGAUCAUCAACGGCGAGAAACACGUGGACUCGCGCUUCCCAGACCUCAUCCCACUGCGCGACCGGGUCAUGACCAAGGCGGCUGAGCUACUGGGCGUGCUCUCGGCCACCAGCCUGGACAACAUCACCGCGCGCUUCCUGAAGGAGGUGGGGUCCCGCCUGCAGGCCGACUCCGCCUCCUUCAUCAGGCAGGAGCUGCUAAACUUGUGCAACGGCCUCCGCUUCAUCAGGCUCAGGGCCGGCACCUCCGAAGAGCUGCGUGCAUCCAUCGCCUUCCUGGAGGCCGCCCACCCGCUCAAGCACGUGGCCUCCGACAAGAAGUCUCGGGUGCAGCAGAGCAUCUGCGACAUGCUGUCCUGCAUCCUGCAGCCCAUCGUGGACGGCGCCGACGCAGGGUCCUUUGGCGCCGGCUGCGAUCAGGGCCUGAUCCGGCGCUGGUUCACGGUGAUCUCGGUGCUGCGCCUGGACAUCCUCAAGUGGACCACCAAGCAGGCCAAGCAGGCCAGCGCGGGGCUGCCCCUCCUCACUCUCCUCACCUGCAUGGAGACCGACAAGCAGAUGCUGGCCAACGUGGACGGCAUGGUGGACCUCCUCCAGCGCCAGCUCAAGGACAAGAAGAAUGCCGGCGUGGCCGCGCUGUGUAUCUGCAGGUGCGUCUGCGCCUACGUGCUCAGAUUUGCGGGGCGCUGGGACGGCGCCACCGUCUCCAAGUGGGUAGCGCGGGCCACCAGCCUGGUCCUGCAAAACUUCUCCAAAGGAGGCCUCCCCGGCCCGGAGAUGCAGGAGCUGGUGCGAAUGCUGUGCGUCAACAUCACCAAGCGCCUGCCAGAGCACGGGUCGGCGCUCAUCACCGACCUGCUGCAGUACGAUGGCGUGAACAUGAACUGGGAGGCCUGCAUGUCUGGCGUGUCCGCCAUCCUCACCCUCCUGGCCGAGGUGCCGGCGCGCCUGGCCGGCGCCAACGACCCCGUCCACCUGCCGGCCACCGCCGGGGAGCUGGAGCGGCUGGGCGGCACCGCCUGGCUGCCGGAGAAUUACGACCUGGACCGCCUCCUGCCCCUCAUUGAGCAGGGCUACAACUGCCUGGAUGCCCUGAGCAUGGGGCCCGCCCUCUCCGCUCUCUCCGUGUCCCUCAGCAAGGUCAUCCAGCAGGCGCACAACCUGCACGGCCACUCGCGCUUCAGCACCACCAACAGAUCCUUUGGCGAUGUGCCCGGGCGGGAGCGGGUCGGCGCGCUGCCCGUCUUUGUGGCCGCCCUGCAGUGCCUGCCGUUUGUCGUGCCAUCCCACUGGGCCGACGGCCGCCUUUGGGAGGACCUGCCGGCCUAUGCCAUCCACGGCGACCCCGCCAUGCGCAAGGUGGCGGUGUUGGUCCUGCACCGCUGCCUCACGGGCCUGCCCUCCAAGCGCGACCAGCUGGUCAGCAGCAUGGCCUCCUUCUGCGUCCGCCUCCCUGAUGACCUCCCAGAGGCGGUGGAGGAGGUGCUGGGUCUGUUGCUGGCCCUCAUGCGCAGCUGGAUGCAGGCAGCGGCCGGCGAGCGGGGCGCCACCGCAGGGUUGACCAGCCUCAAGGCUGUAGAGGCCGCCGCGUUGGCACUCCUUUGCGCCAACAGCACCCAGGUGCGGGGCCUGGCGCUCCAGCUGGCCCGCCUGACCAAGGACCUGCACGGCCUGUCGACAGCGGCCGCCGAGUCGGAGGGGCCUGCGGUGGUGAGGGAGUGCUACUGGGACAUCGGGCGCUGGUCCGACAUCUGGCGGCUGUGGCGGCCGCUGCCCCCCGGCCCGCUGACCCUGGAGAGGUGCAUGCGCAUCAGCCAGUCCAACGAGGCAAGGCUGCUGGGCUGUUUGGGAGGUGCAGUGGACAUCUUCCGCUGGGCACGCAUCAUGUGCGAGAUCUUCAAGGAGGCCUGGGCCCGGGUGCAGGACGUGGCACAGCUGGCCCAGAUCGAGAUCGCCAUUAAGCUGCAGGCGCUGACCGUGCUGGACUCGGCGGGGCGCCCGCCGCUGCCGCAGGAGGGUCGGUAUGCGCCCACGGCGGUGUAUUGCCUGGCGCUGGCCGCCGGCCCCGCCUCCGUCCCCGACCCGCCGCGCGAGACGGUCUUCUCCAAGAGGGACUACGUGCGCCUGAUGGUGACCAGCGUGCGCGCGGGUCUGGACUUUCACCAGUCCAUCGCCGCCAUGGCGCUCGGCAAUGUGCACCCCACCUGCCAGUCGCUGGUGGUGCAGGAGUGCAUGCUGCUCACCGAGGACUACCUCGUCGACCGCCAAAUGCAGCGCAGCAUCAGCGUGUCGGUGCCCGGCAUGGGGCGUGCGCACAAGCUGCGCCGGGACGACGUGAGGCUGACGCAUGCCCACAUCUACCGCGUACUGUGCGCCAACCUGCCCCCCAUGAUCCUGCAGACCAACCAGAUGCUGCGCGGCAAGCUGGUGCAGUUUGUCGCGGAGACGGCACGGCACAUCAACACCCUGCCCGAGCUGUCGCCGGAGCUGCAGCAGCUGCGCCACUGCCUCUGCACCGUGGCGCGGCAGUGCGCCAUGCAGCUGGCAGACGCGCUGCCGCAGGACUUCACGGCCGACACGCGGCGAACCCUCUUCGACAUGUUUUCCAACUACUGCGAGGAGGGGACACCAGGUCAGUUCCGUAGCGAGCUGCGGCGUGGCGUCCUGCUGGCCAAGUCCAAGAUCAAGGACCCCGACCUCGCCCGGCAGAUGGAGGUCGACAUCCAGGGCGCGAGCGACAACCUGGAGUUCAGCGCCUACCUGGGCAUGGCCACGAUGCUGCGCGGCGCGCUGUUCAAUGCAGACAUCCGCAACCCCCACGGCCGCAUCCUGACCUGGAUCGACAGGAUGCUGGCCAAGCCCCAGACGCUGCAGCCGGGAGCCCAGGGCCGGCACUGCUGGGGUCCGGACACACACUGGGUGGGCUGCGCCGCUCUGCGCAACCUGCUGACCUCCAACCCUGAACUGGCUGCUGUCUACGUCAACCGCUCUUACUCCAAGGAGCUGGCCGUGCUGGCGGAGGUGUAUGGCACGAUGAGCGGCGUGUUGCCCCUCCAGCGCCACAUCCUCGUCAGCCUGGUGCUGCACAAGGUGGCGGACGCCGACCCGGGCAUCCGCUCCGCGGCGCGCAGCCUGCUGGGCAUCAUGCGCCAGCACGCCUCGGUGGGAGAAGGAAAGCCAGCACACGAGGUGGAGGCGCCGGAGGAGUCUCCCGACGCCCUGGUAGUGGUGGGUGCCCUGACGGUGUCACAGAAGGCGUACCAGAUGUCUCUGUCGGCCCAGCUGGCGGAGCAGUACACCAGCAUCGGCGAGGCCUUGGCCAUCGAGGUGCUCAAACGACAGCUGACCAACGACACCGACUCCGAGGCGCUGCUGUGCCUCUGCCCCUGGCUGGCCAGGAUCACGCUGAGCACGCAGUGGCAGGGCGAGUGGGCGGAGGCCUUCCUGAACCUGCUGUUCGAGACCACCACCAAGCGCAGCAGCCGGCAUGGGUACCAGAUCCAGCAGCUCUGGUCCACCAUUGCCGAGAAUCGCCGCAAUGUCGUCCCCGUGCUGGAGUUCCUGCUCAACAAGAGCCUGCAGGAGAACCACCAGAAGGGUGAAUGUAGUGUUUCCGAGCUGACGACGUUCAGGACGGGGAAGCAGGCGGCGCUUUUCCUGGCGCGCAUCGCGCCGCGGCAGACCAUUGAGCACCUGACCUACGAGCUGGAGAAGCAGAUCGAGGAGGAGCACCCCUCCCUGGACGCGCGCACACCGUCCACCCCGCAGACGCCCAAGGCGAGGCUUGGGCCGGGUGGGAUCCUGGAGUACCAGAGCACCAUCUCCAGCCAGAAGAGCGAGGCCAUGGACCAGUACCUGUGGCGCAAGUCUGGGCGGUCGGAGGCCUCGUCCACCAGCUUUGCUGGCGAGUCGGGGGUGGGCCGGCACACCUCACUGGACGAGAAGAAGGCCGGCUCCGAGAACUCACGGGUCUACCUGACGCGUGCUGAGGUGGCGCUCAUCUUGCUGAGCGAGGUCGCCAUCGAGCAGGACGAGGAGUUCCGGCCCCACCUCCACGUGCUCCUGCAUGCCGCCACCCUGAACUCAGACAGCUCGAGCCUGCUGGUGCGGAGGGAGGCGGCGCGCCUGCUCGUCUUCCUGCUCUACAGCUUGGCCCUGAAGCACCUCGGCCCCGGCGCGGACCGGCGCUCGGGCGAGUACGCCACGCUUUCCUCCCUCAUCGAGGCGCUGCAGGCCAAGGACGGCGAGCCCCUGUGGCAGCGCGAGCGCCCCACCCUGGUCAACCCCUUUAUUCCCAGCGCAGCCAUGGUGGCCUCCUUCGUGAACAAGGUGGUGCGCUGCUUCCACUUUGACACCGACCUGCGCGAGCGGUGGUGGGGCGAGGCCCUCAAGUGGGCCUGCGCCGCCCACUCCCGCCACCUGGCCAGCCGCUCGCACCAGAUCUUCUGCGCGCUGCGCCCCACGCUGAGCAGCCUGUCGUGCAAUGCCAUGCUGGCAGCGCUGCAGAAGUGCAUGAUCAACGCCGACCUGCAGAAGCUGGACACGGCAGUGGAGGUGUUGUGCACGCUCAAGGAGCUGCUAUCCAACAUCGAGCCCGCCAAGUUCCUGCUCUACCCCCAGCUCCUCCUCGCCGCGGUCUCCCUGUUGAACAGCAGCGUGGUGAAGAUCGGGGAGCUGACCAUGGCCGUGCUGCUGGAGGCCCUGCAGAACCUGGACUUGAGCGACAGCUUCAUCCGCGGCAGCCUGCUGGCCCUGUCCGCCUGCUCCCGGCCCCAGGAGCCGGUGCAGGCUCGGGAGCCGGUGCAGGCGGGGACGCGCGGCCAGCUGGCGCGCUGGGAGCUGGGGGAGAACCUGUUCCAUGACCUGGGCGACGCCGACGAGGCCUGCCAGCUGGUGUGCCUGCAGCAGCUAAUCAUCAAGGGCCUGUUCCAGCCCAACACCGAGAUCGUGGCGCUCAAGGUCCUGGGUGCCCUGGCGGCCCAGGUGGCGGCCGAGGAGGAGUCGGCGGCGCCGCUGGCCUCGGCGGGGGAGUGCGUGUCCAGCACCCACCUCUGCGACAGCAGCAUCUGCAGCCCGGUCGGCGACACGCUGUCGGCGGUGCUCGGCGACACCCUGCUGGGCCUGGUGCUGACCAUCGCGGCCACGCUGCCCUCCCUUCACGUCCACAUCGCCGCCGGCACCCACACCGCCGACAUCUCCUGCUUCGUGGAGUCGCUGGCGCUGGCCUGCGAGGCGGUGGGCUGGCCCGAGGUCGCCUGCGCCUACAUGGCCGUGGCGCAGGCGCUGCAGGACCCGACGUCGCGCGACAUGUCCUGGGCGCCGGCGCUGGUGCGCAUUGUGGCGCUCCGCGCCUUCCCUGCCCACGGACGCUGGGUGCUGCAGCGCUUUGUGGAGACCGUGGAGCGGGGGAGCGAGGAAUACCAGGCGGCGGGCCUGCUCAUCCUCAGGGCCCUGUUUGAGGUGGAGGAGCUGGACCUGGGGUCCAGCUUCGGGGAGGCGGACCAGGCCCGCUUCGCUGGCGUGCUGUCCCCCUUCAUCUGCACCUCCUUGGGAUGCUGGGCCCUGCACGUCAUGAAGGCCGCGGUCAACAAGGGGGCGCGGGCGGCGCCUGCGCAGCAGCAGGAUCAGGACGGCCUUGGGGUCGUGCUGGGCUGGCCCCACUCCAUCGACGAGCUGGGCACCUCCAACAAGCUGUGCAGCCAGAGCCUGGAGCGCUUUGUCACGGCCUGCGCAGGCAUGGACCGGAACGCGAUGCAGGUGCUCCCCUUCAUCAAGUAA